GCUCGCGGGCAGUCCCAGCCUCUCGCGCCCCUAUGUCGUACUCGCACGCCCCCAAGCGCACGGGGCUGCCCCGCGCCGUGCUGAGGUGGCUGCAGAGCCUGGACCUGAGCUUCUUCCCCAGGAACUUCCGACGGGACUUCUCUAACGGCUACCUCAUCGCCGAGAUCUUCUCCUGGUAUUACCCCGAGGACAUCCACAGCCACAGCUACGAGAACGGCGCCUCGCUGGCCACCAAGCUCAGCAACUGGUCCCAGCUCGGCCAGUUUUUUUCCAGAAGAAAAUUGAAGCCUGUCCAAGAACUAAUAGAUGGGACAAUUCACUGUAAACCGGGAGCAGCAGAAAUUUUGGUACAAGACAUCUACUCAAUGCUGACAAACGGACGAAUUAAAAAUAUUCAGGAUGAGGUUGACUUUACAGACCACUAUUAUCAGGAGCAGUUACCGAUGGUUGCCAGGUCAACAGCUUCAAAGGCUAUCAAGAACAACAUUAAGCUAACAGAAAUAAUGAUAGAGCCCAACAUUAACAAAAAUAGACAAAAGGUUAAUGCUAUCAUCAAUAUGCAUAUGCAACAGAGACUGGUAGAGAGGGAAGAGAACCCAAAGCGGUUUAACAUUAAACCAAGCUUGGCAGAGCGUGCAGUUCGUCGUCCAGCUCCUGUAGACCCCUCUGGGAGUGUGGUUAACAUCAAGAGAGAGAAACUUUCUUUUAUAUCAAACCGAGGACGUCCAGAAAUCAGAGGCAAAAGUGGCGUUCAUUUCAAAGAAAUCCAGGUGAAACAAGCUGACAGAUGCUCUUUUACUGUGGAUGUAUAAAUGCGGCAGCUCCAGGCACCUAGCCAAAAGGAUUCUAACUGAACACUGAAAAAAAGUGUUGAAGAGACCUCAACUUUGAAAACGUACAAGAUCAACUUUAUCUCUAUAAUUCUUUGACCAUAUCCAUUGGGAGCGAAUUGCCUGAUUGGUUUCAGUGUCUGUUAAAUUAGAGCAUUAUUUUCUUCUAGUAAAUGCCAAACAAAGUACAUAUUGGAAAUCUGAUGUUUGUGGAAGUGUGACAAGCGAAAUCAUCACAAAACAAAACAGUAUCUAAAAUAUACAUCUCUGUAGUUUCCCCAUUGUUAGACAGCUUCCUUCAGUGACUUGCUACCAUAGUUGCUUUUACAGGUCAGCCUCCUCCUAGACUUGAUUACUUACUAGAUUGAAUUGUUUUUAAUAUUUCAAGUUCUUUGUCAGUGAAAUUUUCCAAUUUACAGAUUGCAUUGGUGCAAGAUGGGUAAUGACGAUGUGGUCAAACUUUUUGCACAUUGUGAUGUGAUGAGUUGAAUAAAUUAGACAGUUAUA